GAAAGAAAAAAAAAACAAUAAUUAAGUGAAAGAGAGAGAAAAGAAGAUAACGACGAGGAGAAGAAGAAGCAGGGUCCCCAAAAUAGUCGUCUCCGUUCCCUGAUUCUUGUUCAAUUUGAUAUCUCAUUCAACUUGCAUUUGGCUUUCCUCUAAUCUGGAGCAUUUGAUCAAACAUCCAUGGAAUGAAUGACUUGUUAUAAUAAAUCAUCCAAAGCUUAAUAAAUUAUAAUUUGGAAUGGCUGAGGCUGAUCCAGACUCCUCAGAUACAUCUGACUCAGUGGUGGAUCUGAAACCCCCACUCUUUAGCAUCCCUCGCUUUUUUGUUGCUAAAGACUCUGAUGCAGCAGCAGCAGGGAGGAGCCCUACUUCUCCCCUUGAUUUUGCAAUCUUUGGUGGCCUCUUUAGCCCCAGGUCUCCCUCAUCUCCCAGAUUUGCCAACCGAACCAAAUGGGCUUGUGACAAGGUUGGCCUCUCUCUUCUAAGCUCCAGCGCUGGAGAAGAAAGCCAUGAGGGUUUAUUCAGAAGGGACAACAUCGUUCUUGCCCCUCAAAUCAAGCCGAGGCUGUUUGGUUCCACUUCGUUGCCUAAGAACUAUGCUGCCCCUUCCAUGUCUUCUGAUGCCUUAAACAUUCAUCCUCUUCCGUGUGAUGAUGAUGCAACCGCUGGUGUAUGUGACUCAGAGGAACGUAACUCCUCUCCAAGGAGGUCAAGCUCAUCUCCUAUGGAUAUUAUCUCCAGCCAGGCUUAUUCUCGGUCGCUCUCUGGACGUGAGAUAGCACUCUCUGAGGACUAUACCUGUAUUAUUUCUCAUGGGCCAAACCCGAAAACAACUCAUAUAUUUGGUGAUUGUAUCCUGGUUUGUGACCCCAAAGAGUUGGGAACCAAGGAUGAUGAAACUGAGAAAGCACAAGGAGAUGACGAUUCUUUGAGAUGGUUAUGCACCGACAAAACUCAGAACCACCACAGCGAGGCAUUAACAACAUCAGAAGCAGUAGAGAAGGAAAGUGGCAAGGGAGGUGAUGAAGAUUGUUUGGAGAUAUCGCCUGGAUCAAGUUACAACGAGGAUCUAUUUCCUAUGGCUUCUUAACCCACAGGCAAAGCUGUUCAUUCUUGAUGCUUUUUGGGGAAGAUCUUGUGUGAGUUUAGUGUUGUUUUUGGGAUUUUUCUGCGUGCUCAAUAAAAAAGCUUUGUCUGAUUCAAGUGUGGGUGAGUUUUGGUGUGGCCUGAUGCCCCCGGCUCAUCCUUUCUUUUUGUGUUGUUGUACCAUUUGUAUUUGUGACUUGCUUAUUAUCAUCAUUUGAACUUUGAAGGGAACCACCAUUUGUAUUCUCUUUCAAUUAUUUUUCAAGACUAUACCGAGAGUACCGCACCGACUAUGUAAACAUGUACUAGUGAAUUGAAUGAAUGGGGAUUCUACUUU